AUGCCGGCGGGCGGCGAGGGCGGGCCGCGGCAGCUGCGCUUCGCCGACCCCGGCCCGGGCAGCGGCGACAGUCUCAGCCCGGAUAGCAGCAGCAGCGGCGGCGGCGCCGGCGGCGCCGAGCUCAGCCGCUGCUGCUGCACCGGCGGGAAUGGCUGCUGCGCGGGCGACGGGGGCGCCGAGGCGGCCGAGGCGACGACGACGACGACGACGCUUCCCGACUGGCCGGGGUCGGCGGCGGCCCAGCUCAAACUGCUGCCCAUGAACGACCAGAUCCGGGAGCUGCAGACCAUCAUCCGGGACAAGACCGCCAGUAGAGGGGACUUCGUAUUUUCUGCUGAUCGCUUGAUCAGACUGGUGGUUGAGGAAGGAUUAAACCGGCUACCAUACACAGAAUGCACAGUGACCACUCCAACAGGGUACAAAUAUGAAGGAGUGAAAUUUGAAAAGGGAAACUGUGGAGUCAGCAUAAUGAGAAGUGGGGAGGCGAUGGAACAGGGCUUGCGCGAUUGCUGCAGAUCUAUACGGAUAGGGAAGAUCCUGAUCCAGAGCGACGAGGAGACCCAGAGAGCCAAAGUAUACUAUGCAAAAUUUCCACCAGACAUCUACAGAAGAAAAGUCCUCCUCAUGUACCCCAUUCUGAGCACCGGCAACACUGUGAUCGAGGCCGUAAAGGUCCUCAUAGAACACGGGGUUCAGCCCAAUGUUAUAAUCCUGCUGAGUCUAUUCUCUACCCCCCAUGGUGCCAAAUCAAUAAUCCAGGAAUUUCCAGAUAUCACAAUUUUAACAACAGAGGUUCAUCCAGUUGCACCUACACAUUUUGGGCAGAAGUAUUUUGGAACAGACUGAAGUACUUAACCAAUUUGUGUUUUGUUACUGUAAGAUAUUAUAUCAUUUUUCUACAUUUUAUAAUUUGAAGUGGAGGUAUCUAUGGGAAUAUUUAACAUCUUUGUUUUUCUUUUUUUUGUCCAAAGGUGGAAAUAGUUGACCUGCACUAAUUUUUUAUUUAAAUGGAUAGAUACUUGAUCUUAAGUCUAGUUUUUGUUUUAAUGAUGAGUCGGGGCAAUGACGCAGACCACAGACGUCUAAUAUUGGGUUAUUCAAAUUGCUGCCCUCUACUUUAUUUAUUCUUUGUAGCCAAUUUGGCUGAUUGCGACGGCAAAAUAAACUAACUGUGAAAACACCA